UCACGUUUUGCUUCAUGUUGAGCUGAUAGAUCUCUAGCUCGGACACCGGAGAGUGUCUAACCAGAAAAAAACUCUGAACGACCUUCAAUUAUGCCGAGACUAACCUCAUCACCUCCUCCUAUUCACUUCUUCUUCUGCAUUCCCUGUCUCGUCUUCCUCUGCUCCCUCUUCCAUUUUGCAGAGUCUCAAAUCCAAGAUCAAGAACAGCAAGUCCUGUUGAAACUGAGGCAAUCCUGGCAUGACCCAUCUUCCCUCGCCCACUGGAUCGCCUCCAAUUCAUCCUCCCACUGCACAUGGCCCGAGAUCACAUGCCAAAAUGGCUCGAUCACCGAGCUCAAUCUUGUAUUCCUGAACAUAAAUUAUUCGAUGCCCCCAAUCAUCUGUGACCUCAAGAAUCUGACAAAGCUCAAUGUCUCCAACAACAAUAUUCCUGGAGAGUUUCCAACAGUUCUCUACAACUGUUCUGAGCUCGUGUAUCUCGACCUGUCCCAGAAUUACUUCGAAGGUCCUAUUCCAUCCAACAUCAACCGGAUGGCUAAUCUUCAGGUCCUGAUUCUCGCCGCCACCAGUUUCUCGUUCGACGUCCCAGCGUCGAUCGCGAGGCUGCGGAAGCUGAGGAUCCUUCACCUUUACAUGUCCGAGUACAACGGCACUUACCCUGAAGAGAUUUUUAGCCUCUCCGAUCUCGAAGAACUGAGGCUCGAGUUCAACAACAAGUUCACACCGUCACAGCUACCACAGAACUUCACCGCCCUGAAGAAGCUGCAAUUCUUCUCGAUGGCGCAAACAAACCUGUAUGGCGGAAUCCCAGAGACGGUCGGUGAUAUGGAGGCUCUCGAGCAUUUGGAUUUGGGGAUGAAUCUACUGACAGGAGAGAUCCCGGGCAGCAUUUUUGCUCUGAGAAAUUUGAGGGAGCUAUACGUGUACAUGACUAAUGUGGUCGGGUCGAUCCCUCAGGCCAUGAGCGCAGCGAACCUGAGCGUGAUCGAUCUGUCAGACAAUAAUUUGGCGGGGACCAUACCUGAAGAUUUUGGGAAGCUCCAGGACCUAUCCGAGUUGAAUUUAGAGUUCAAUCGAUUGUCCGGUAGAAUCCCAGAAGGUAUUGGGCAUCUUCCUGCUUUGAGCGAUGUCAGGCUGUCCAACAACAAUUUAUCAGGCACGAUCCCCCCGGACUUCGGCAAGUUUUCUGCACUCAAAAGGUUCGAAGUGGCCUACAACAACUUGACCGGCACAUUGCCUGAACAAACGUGCCAUGGCGGCACACUGAUCGGGUUGGCGGUUAUGGACAACAAUCUCAGCGGGGAGUUGCCGGAGUCACUUGGAAAUUGCAGUACUUUGUUGGUCGUUAUGUUGAACAACAAUGGAUUCACUGGCACCGUGCCUGGAGGACUCUGGGUGUCACCGUACUUGACGUCUUUGAUCUUGAGUCGUAAUCGAUUAACUGGCGAACUUCCCAAGGAGCUGUCCACAAACCUCACUCGGAUCGAGAUGAGCAACAACAGAUUCUUUGGCGAGAUUCCGAGUACAGUGUCUUCGUGGAGGAACUUGAGGGUGUUUGAUGCCAGUAAUAACCUCCUCAGUGGCACGGUUCCAACUGAAUUGACCGAGCUUCCUUCUCUGACGAUACUUUUGCUAGGUCAGAACGAGCUCUCCGGGAAUCUUCCCACAGCUAUUGUUUCAUGGAAAUCCUUGAGAACUCUGAAUCUUAGUCACAAUCGAUUGGUGGGACCCAUUCCUAGCGAAUUCGGUUCCCUACUGGUACUUGGGCAGCUGGACCUGUCUGUAAACCAACUGUCUGGCUCCAUUCCUCCUGAAAUCAGCUCGCUGAAGCUGACCCUUCUGAAUUUAUCCUGCAACCGUCUCACCGGACGAGUCCCGUUCGAAUUAGAGAACGAAGAGUUAGAGAACCCCGCAUUUGAGGCCAGUUUCCUGAACAACCCCGGCCUCUGUUCAUCCUAUUCGUUCAUGAAGCUCAAUAUGUGCAAUUCUCAAUCCCGUACCAAUUUCGCCAUGAUCGUGAUCUUGGCCAUUGCCGCAGCGAUGUUCGUUUUGUUGGCAGUGCUAUUCACUAUCAGAGCUUCCAGAAAGAAGAGGGACGGGUUCAAUUCAACUCCAAAACUGAUCCCAUACCAAAGGUUGAAUUUUACGGAACGGAAUAUUAUGCCGGGAUUGAAGGAGCAUAAUGUAAUUGGAAGUGGCGGAUCAGGGAAAGUAUAUCGCAUUACCGUGAAUCAUUCUGGUGAUGCUGUCGCCGUGAAAAGGAUUUCGAAUAACCGAAAGUUAGACGAGAUGAUGGAGAAGCAAUUCUUAGCAGAAGUGGAGAUACUUGGGAACAUAAGGCAUAUGAACAUUAUCAAAUUGUUAUGUUGUAUUUCUUGCGAGAACUCGAAACUCCUAGUGUACGAGUACAUGGAAAAUCACAGCCUGGGCCAUUGGCUUCACAAGACAAAAAGAUCGUCGCCUGUCUCAGGUGUAGCCAACAAUAUGAUCUUGGAUUGGCCCAAAAGGUUGCGGAUUGCGGUAGGAGCAGCUAAAGGACUUCGCUAUAUGCACAGUGAUUGUUCACCGCCCAUCAUCCACCGAGACGUGAAAUCUAGCAACAUUCUCUUAGACUCCGAGUUCAAUGCAAAAAUUGCUGACUUCGGCCUUGCAAGGAUGUUGACCAAGCACGGAGAAGCUGUAACGAUGACAGGUGUUGCCGGUUCUUUCGGCUAUCUUCCACCAGAGUAUGCUCAUACGACAAGAGUUAAUGAGAAGAUUGACGUUUAUAGCUUUGGGGUCGUUCUAUUGGAACUGACCACCGGGAGGGAAGCUAUCGACAGGGACGAAGACAUGUGCCUCGCUGAUUGGGCAUUGCAUCACAUCCAAGAUGGCAAGCCGAUAUCUGAUGCAAUAGAUGAGGAGAUCAAGGACGACUCGUACCUAGGUGAAAUAAGCAACGUCUUUGAGCUUGGCAUCUUUUGCACUGCGACGCUGCCUUCCAUGAGGCCCACAAUGAAGAAGGUACAGCAAGUGCUGCUCAAACGUAGCAAUAUGUCGAGAAGAAAUCCGGACACAAGUUCAACGUCGCCCCUCCUCGGAAAUUCCUAA